AUGAAGCUAAACAUAGCCUGCCUUGGGGCGCUAUACCUGCAGCGCGCCACCACUUCGCCAAAAUCGUUGGCGCUCGACAAGGCGGGCGGCCUCUCCACUGCCCUGGACAGCACCAGCACUGGCGCGUCAAGCAAUGACAGCGCCACCAUUCUUGCUCGCUCUGACCGAUCUGGCGACGUUGAGAUGGGCGGCAUUGACGACCGGGACUACAUGAUCCAGGGAACGCCGCCUCGUAAUCCAAGUCCGAUUAGGGAUCCAAUCCUUGCCGAGCUCACUGAGACAGAUGCCCAAGCGCUCAUCCAGAAAGGCGCGAAGCUGUAUGCCUGGAUGAGCGAACCGAACGUGGGAACCCUCACACAGCUCUUGCGACAAGACAACAAACUGGGCCCCGAAGCGUGCCUGCAAAGCGAUUUCACGACCUAUCCUCAAGAUUUGGUGGACGCGGGCUGGGACCGGGACCCGUUGGGCAUCGACGCACCUCUGUCGGAUUUCCAGGAGUCCAUACCACUGAAGCUUAUGGUUGAUGGCCUUGGCAUCUCUACAACGUGGGAAAUUCCGCCUGACCAACAGGGAGACAAUGAGUAUGUCACCUGGCAUCACACUGACCCGAACUUCGACGGGACGGACCAUGGUGUGGCAACGGGAGCUUUCUACUCCAUCGUGUACAACACAAAAGAUGGAGUCAUCAUGCUCGUCUCCAACUACGGUCCUCGCAAAGAGCUCCCCAGUCAGGUAUCCGGCGAAUACCAGAACCGCGGGCAGGCUUUCAUGGACAAGUUUAUUGCAGAUUACCAAUAUCCCGCCCUCAGCCACGUCUCCGACGUCUCCGCCCUUGAAUACAACGGGCAGUGCAAGCGACGAAACCACAACGCCAAGGACCUCAACAAACUGAUCAUGGUGUCAUCCCAGUCGGACGUCUCUGUACAGGUAGUCGACUACCUGCUAAAGAAGAAAGGCAUACAGCAUCUGGCGCCUGCGCGAGAGUACGGCCGAUACAAAGCUCCAGCUUGGCCGCAGAAGAUAAGAUACCUGCCCGGCAGCGAUGGCUUCAAGCUUCUCUUGGCAAAUCCCAAUGGCAACCUAGCAACAUUCCUGCUCAUCCAGCACCGGCAGGAGUUCGGCCUUAAGCGUGUGGGCAAGAUUGAUGUAUUUGAUGAUGACCACUACGAUCAUUCGCCGCAGCAAGGGUACAAGGGAGCCAGCAUGGCCUACUAUCUGGAGGACCUAGACAGCAAGGGCAAGCCAGUGGUAAAGGCUGGAGCUUCUGGUAGUGGAGCUGGUAAAAAGCCUCUAAAGACUGGUGGGUCUGGCGGUAGGACUGGCAAGUCUGGCAAGAUUGAGAAGCCGAAGCGACCGGGCUUGAGGUCAGGCGGGAAGGUACAGCGGAUGGCGAAGUUGUGA